CGUACACCGGAAGUUAUCACUAAACACACCGAAAACCGGUCACAGAAAUCGGACAAAAUGUUGAUCAAAGUGAAGACCCUUACUGGGAAGGAGAUUGAAAUAGAUAUAGAACCGACGGACAAGGUUGAAAGAAUAAAGGAGAGAGUAGAAGAAAAGGAAGGAAUUCCACCUCCACAACAAAGACUGAUCUUCAGUGGGAAGCAGAUGAAUGAUGAGAAGACAGCCGCAGACUACAAGGUGACCGGAGGUUCAGUGCUACAUUUAGUUCUCGCUUUAAGAGGUGGCGAAUGACGCAAUAUUCUAUUGAAACAUUUAAACAAACUUUACCAUUUAUUCUCUACCAGCUUCUCCAUCUCCUAUAAGUCAGCAUAGAAGAUUCCGGAAUGCGUGAUUGCAGUAACUACCAAUUGAUGUGCUAUUGUGCCAUCUAGAGGUUCGGAACUUCUUCCGUGGGAACAUGUGCUUUGGAAACAGCUACGCUACCGGGGGUUGGGGGGGAUGAAUCAAAAUUGACUUGAUGUGAAGAUUUUUGUAGUUUACUGGUAAAGUCCUAUGGGAGAUGUAGCAGAAAAAAAAACUUGUGGAUGGGCUUGUAUAUUUUCAUUUUCUUGUCUAACGAUGUGCAACUACGUGAGAUAGUUAGUGUGGAUGUAAAUUAGAUGUUAAUUAUCCAGAUAACAAAACUAAUUCUGCUUAUCCUUUUUAUUUUUUUAGCAAUUUAAAUAAUGUAGAUUGAAUUAACAAAAUUGUUGUAUUUGAAUGCUAGUACUUUAUUUAACAAGUUAAAGAUUAAUGGAAGAUAUUGGAAAAAAAGUUGACAGAAAUUUAAACUCUGAAAUCUGAAAAAUAGCAAACCUUAAUCCAUAUUGGUACGUUCAUUGAAAUCAUUGGAUUACAAAAAUUCACUGGCAUCUCAGAAUAUCAAAAAUAAGCUUUAAAUAUUGUUUCGGCUAAUUUGUCACAGCUUGAUUAGCUGAAUGUGAACAUGGUCAUUGUCAGAAGAAUUUUUGUGUAAUCACAUGACUUCAUUGAAAUGUGCUAAUUGACUAAAAAUGUGGCCAAAUUGUUCUGCCCACAGAAAUCCGUCAGUAUUUUUUUUCUUGGUGAUAGUGUGUGGUUGAUACUAUAUACAUCACUGUCAUCAGGAGAGAUAUUUGGUGCGAGAUAUAAAUGCAUAUAAUAUUAUUGUGCUGUAAAAUCCACAUGGUGUUUGUGAUUAUUGAUAUAUGACUAUAGAUAAUAAAUAUGUCAUUAUAUCCAG